GCAUCCCAGCUGCGGCAGCUGAUCUACUACCACCUCGACAAUGACAUGCUCGACAAUGCGAACUUUCUCGCCGGACGUCUCCAUGCUCUCGAGCCACGGAAUGCCGAUGCCCAACAUCUCCUCGCCCUCACCUACCUUCGAUCUCGUCGCCCCAAGGCCGCCUACGACUUCAGCCACAAGAGUGGCGCUAUCGGCAGACACCUGGGCUGUGCCUACGUCUUUGCGCAAGCAUGCUCGGAACUCGACCGCUAUAGUGAAGGCUUGGCUGCGCUGGAAGCAUGCAAGAAACUUUGGGUCGGGAAGAGCGACUGGAACAAGCACUCUGAGACGUCAAGACGGCACACGCCAGAUGCCCCCGCAGUCUUGACACUGCUCGGCAGACUAUACCGUGCGAAUGGAGAACCGCGUAAAGCGGGAGACUGCUUCAUCGAGGCGCACAAGCAGAACGCAUUCGUGUGGGAUGCGUUCGAGGGACUGUGUACGAUUGGGGCAGACCUCAAGGUUGGAAACAUGUUCAGGCAGAUGACGGACAUUCCCGCCUCUUCAGAAUCAGGAUCGGGAGAUACGCAAGUCUAUGUGGACGAGGAUUCGAGGCAACCACUUGGACCCCAGCCCAACUUUGGGGUGCGCCAUCCAACAGCAUCCAUGGACGAUCCCUUCACUUCGUCGAGACCAGAUUCUGCGUUGCAGGAUCCAGAGCCUUUGCCCAAAAUCAAGGGCAAGAUGGCUUUGUCUGAGUGGGACACCCCGACUGUUCAUGGCAGCAUUCUGGAUGACGAUAUCACCAUGGCUGAGAAUCAGGACGAUGUUUUCGCACCAGUGGCGCCCUCUAGGAGAGCACGCCCAGGCCAGCAGCUAGAAGCGUCAGACAGACCACGGUAUGGUCAGAACAGGGGACAGUCAGAAGGACCCGACGAUCCUAUGCAUGCCCCUCGGAAACCCAGUGCUCAAGGACAGAAGAGGACCAUCUCUGGCGCGGCGUCUCAGACGAGCGCCGAUCUAUCUCAACCUCGACGCAGCAAUCGCUUGUUUACUCAAUCGAUAACCACCCGCAUGACUCGUUCGACCGCAGACACCACCGCAUCUGUAGCUGGCAGAGCUGAUAGGACAGCUCGCACAGCGAAAGCAGCGACCGGAACUAAGGGUCGAACGGGUGCUGUUGUGGGACGGGUUGUUAGUGGAAACCGGAAGGUGAUGCCUCCAGAUGAGAAAGAAAAGGAGAAGGAGAAACGCGCCAUGAGUCGCAACAGCGAGCGGACCGAACAGCAGGCCAUGAACAGUCUGCUUGAUAACUUCAGGCAGCUGGCGGUUGGCUCUCAUGCGAUUGCGAAGUUUGAACUGCCAGAAGCCAUUCAAACUUUCCGCUCUCUUCCUUCGGCCCAGCGCGAGACGCCAUGGGUGCUUGCUCAACUUGGCAAGGCCUACUAUGAAGCCGCAGACUACAAGGCCGCUGAAGAGUGCUUCUCGAAGCUCAUGAAGAUGCAGCCAUCGCGUAUCGAAGACAUGGAGAUCUACUCUACCGUUCUUUGGCACAUGAAGAAGGAGUCGACACUCUCGUUCCUCUGUCGUGUCCUACGUGACAACCACUUCGAUGCUCCGGAGACCUGGGUCGCAGUUGGCAAUGCCUUUUCACUCACUCGUGAGCAUGAUUCGGCGAUUUCAGCUUUCAAGCGCGCUACUCAACUUGACGAGAAGUUUGCUUACGCCUACACGCUCAUGGGUCACGAAUACAUGGCCAACGAGGCUUUCGACUCUGGGCUCUUGGCUUUCAGGAAAGCUGUGGCGAUUGAUCGUAGAGGAUACGGGGGGUGGUACGGCUUGGGCAAGUGCUACGAGCGGAUGGGUAAGCUCGAGGACGCCGAGCGCCAUUACCAGAUCGCACAUAAGAUCAACCCUUCCAACAGCACUUUGCUUGUGUGCAUUGGCGUUGUGAUGGAGCGGUUGAGGAACAAGGAUGCUGCUCUGAAGAACUAUGCCCAAGCUUUGGAGCUGGCUCCUCAGAGUGCCCUGGCGCGGUUCAAGAAGGCCAGGGUCCUGAUGCACAUGAAGGAGUAUGACAGUGCGUUCGCGGAGUUGGAGAUUUUGAGGGAUCAGGCACCUGAUGAGGCGAACGUGUGGUUCUUGCUCGGCAAGUGCUGCAAAGGACUCAACGAUAAGGCGGGCGCGCUAAAGGCUUUCACGACUGCCCUCAACCUGGAUGUGAAGGCUGCACCGUUCAUCAAAGAGGCCAUGGAAGCACUUGACGAAGAAGACGAGGAAAGCGAUGAC